AAACCCCACUGCAAUCUGUACAGGAAACUCUUUUGACAAAUUUAAGGUGAUGAUUAAAAUACUGUGAGUUGAAAGAAUAGUUCACAUUAGUCUAAGAUUUAAUGAACGAUCAAGAUGUUGAAUUUCAAGCUGCUCCACUAGUUACAAGAAACAUUUAUUUUUAUAUCUGCCUGUGUGUAAAGUAUACUGAUGGUACAAGUGAAAGUAAAAGCUAGUUUUCUAAAAUGCAUUUCACAAAAUAAAGUGCAAGGGGUGUGGAUAACACAGCAGGUACAACAAUGCUGUCCGACUAAAAAUUCAGUUGCAUUUGAGGUGAACUGCUGCAGGAGAAAAAAUGUUUGCGCGUCUAAAUUGUCUGUGUUGUUAUUGUCCUAUAGCACAUCAACCAAACACACCGCUUCGCAUUGUAAUGAUUGGAAAAACUGGAGUUGGGAAAAGUGCAGUUGGAAACUGCAUUCUCGGUAGAAAAGCUUUUGAAUCAUCCCCUUCUGCAAAUUCUGUUACUCAUGUAUGCAGAAAAGAAAAGGUGAAUGUCGGAAGAGACAUUUAUGUUAUUGAUACCCCUGGCAUCUUGGACACCAAUAAAUCGCUAGAUAAGAUCAAACCAGAAAUCGUGAGAUGCAUUCAGGUGUCAGCACCAGGUCCUCAUGUGUUCCUGCUGGUGAUCCAAAUUGGCCGUUUCACAAACGAGGAGCAAAAUUCUGUUCGGGCUUUACAAGAGCUCUUUGGUGAAGAAGCUUCAAAAUACAUGAUAGUGGUCUUCACUCAUGGAGAUUUGCUCAAAGAUGAAACAAUUCAAGAAUAUGUCCAAAAAGGCCACGAUGAACUCCGAAGAGUCAUCCAGAGCUGUGGAAGUAGAUAUGUUGUUUUUGAUACCACUAACAUGAGGAAUCGAUCUCAGGUGAAAAUAUUAAUUGAGAAAAUAGAUGAGAUGGUGACAGCCAAUGGAGGAGGUUGCUUUUCUCAAGAAAUGUAUAAAGAAGCAGAAGAGUUGAUUCAACAACAACAACGAAGAAGAAAAAUAAACAGAGAGCUUGCCGAGCUUCUGGAGUAUGAUUUUAACUUUCUUGAUAUAUUGGAUGCUAGAAUUCCUUUGUUCCAUCAAAUAUUGCUUGGGAACUAUUUCCAAAAUCUUGGGUUUGAUGAUCGAAUGUUCUAAAUAUUAUAUAUAACAGUGUCAGAGUGACAUUCAGCCUCUUGUAUUAUUUUACAUUAAGUUUUCAUAAUAAAUGUAUGUAUUUUCAUUCUUUAAAAUCAUUAGAGUAAUUUUGAAAAAUGAUCAAAUUCAGAAACAAAAUGCCUAAAUUUGUAUGCCUAAGUUUACCUUAGUUGUUUUAGUUUGUUGUUUUCAAUGCAGUCAGUUAAACUACACCAAGUUAUUCAAGCUUGUACAAAUGUUUAUAAAUUAAAUAGUACAGAAUAUUUGGAUUAUGCAUUUUGUCUGAAGCAAUUAGUUUACAGCACAUUCAAGCUAUGCAUUUUAUCAUUACAUUGCAUUGCCAGAUGUUUAAACCCAUGACCUUGUGUUGCUACUAUGCUCUAUUGAUGCAUGAAAGAUUUACACAUUUAACAAAGAUAAACUGUCUAUGAUACAUUUGUAGUCUGUAAUAGGAAAAUGUAUUCUUUAUGUAUUACCAGUCUUUCACACUGAAAUUUGCAUUAUUUAUGUAAAUAAUGAAUAAGAAUAUAUGACAAAAGAUCUAUGUAUUUGUUUUAAAA